AUGCCGAAUACCCCGGAUUGGGUCAAGGCCCUCCAGCCAUCUGGCCCGCAGGGCACUGAGCUCCUCGCUCAGGAGCGCGCAAAGUCCAACCUCAACGUCGACCAGCUCGCGUCGUUCAUGUUCACAAAUGAGGCUCUCGAGCGCAGCGAGAGGAUACUAAACAUCCUAAAGAAGGAGCCUGUCUUUGACAAGACCCAGAACUACUUCCGCGGCCGAAAUGCCCGUAUCGAGGCUGCGCUGGCGAGAGGCAAGAGACUGUUCCAGUUGACCAAGGAGCACAACUGGUCUCAGCAAGACUACAUCGUUGCCAACGACCUGAUUGCUGAGCCGACGCCGUAUGGCCUCCACGCCAGUAUGUUCCUCGUCACGCUGCGCGAGCAGGGCACUCCCGAGCAGCACGAGCUCUUCCUCAAGCCCGCCGAGAACUACGAGAUCCUCGGAUGUUACGCCCAGACCGAGCUUGGCCACGGCUCCAACGUUCGUGGCCUCGAGACCACGGCAACGUGGGACCCGUCUGAUAAGAGCUUCGUUCUGCACUCGCCUCACUUAACGGCCUCGAAGUGGUGGAUCGGUUCCUUGGGCAAGACGGCCACCCAUGCCGUCGUCAUGGCCCAACUGAUCCUCAACGGCAAGAAGAUUGGCCCCCACCCCUUCGUCGUGCCGAUCCGCGACAAGAAGACUCACGAGCCUCUCCCGAACGUCCAUGUCGGCGAUAUCGGCCCCAAGUUCGGCUACAACACCAUGGACAACGGCUUCUUGCUGUUGAACAACGUCAAGAUCCCGCACAACCACAUGCUCGCCCGAUUCUCGUCCAUCGACCCGAACACGAGCAAGUACAUCCGUCCCGCGAACCCCUCUCUCAUCUACGGAACCCUCACAUGGGUGCGAUCCAACAUUGUCCUGCAGUCAGGCUCCGUCCUGGCCAAGGGUGUCACCAUCGCCACCCGCUACUGCGCUGUCCGCCGACAGUUUCAGGACCGAGAUGCGCCGGCGGGUGAGCCUGGUGAAAACCAAGUUCUCAACUACACCAUGGUGCAGAUUCGUCUGCUCCCCCUCCUGGCAGCCACCUUUGCCCUUCACUUUACCGGUCGCGGUAUGAUUAACCUUUACAACGAGAACCAGAAGCGCAUGAAGGGCGACGUCGGCAAGCUCAGCGACGGAACCAGAAACCCCGGCCCCGAGGAGUUGAACCCCGGCACCGACCUCCUCGCCGAUCUCCACGCCACCUCCUGCGCCCUCAAGGCCUACGGCUCAACCGUCGCUGGUGAGGGUCUCGAGAUCUGCCGCCGCGCCUGCGGAGGCCACGGAUACUCCUCCUUCAGCGGUAUCGGUUCCUGGUACGCCGACUACCUGCCAACCCUGACCUGGGAGGGCGACAACUACAUGCUCACCCAGCAAGUAUCCCGCUACCUGUUGAAGUCCGCUCGCUCCGUCCUCAAGGGCAAGGCCGGCAACAACGACACCACUCGUAUUCUCUCUGAGUUCCUCCGCCGCCGCGACAUCGGCGCAGCCUUCGAUGUCCUCGGCUCAGACGAGGACCUCGUCGCUGCCUUUGCCUGGCGCGUGUCCUUCCUCACCUUUGAGGCCCUCCGCCACAGAGACGAGGACAAGCAGUCCUGGAACAGCCUUCUCGUCGACUUCUGGCGCCUCAGCACCGCGCACGCUCAGUACAUGGUCGUCAAGAACUUCCACCAGGCUCUCAACGAUAAGGCUACCACCGAGCAACUCGACAAGGACACCGUCGGUCUGCUGCACAAGCUCUUCAGACUGUAUGCUCUGAACACCCUCGAGCAGGAGGCCAGCGAGUUCUACAGCUCUGCGGCUGUCACUGUCCGCCAGAUCACGCUGGCGAGAACAAAGGCCGUCAUGACCCUCCUGGAGGAGAUCCGCCCUCACGCAGUCCGCCUGGUCGAUGCCUGGAAGUUUGACGACUGGGUCCUGGACAGCAGUUUGGGCCGCUAUGACGGCAAGGUGUACGAGGACAUGUUCAAGCGCGCCAGCGAGGACAACCCGCUCAACAGCGUCGUGUUUGACCCCUACCCCAACAGCAAGGUGCUGUUCAAGAAGGAUGAGAGAAAGGACCUGAGAAGCAAGUUGUAA